AUGAAAUUCUGCAAUAAGGUGAUUCACAUUCAAGAAUUCCUUCUUUCCCUUGCCUUGACUGGCACUAAGCUCGUGGCUGACCUCCCUAUAGAUCUUGUCACUGGCAUUACAGAACCUGUUGUUUUUCUGUUGACCCAUGAGGUCAGUCUGGAUGCCACGUUUUCGCUUUGGCCAGGGUUAACGAGUUCAGGAUUCAUUGAGCUCUAUAUGGCACUAAACUAUGAGUAUCCUGUAUACAUGUUGAGAAGUGAGAAGGGGUACACGGUGACGGAGUUGGAGAAGAGACAGCUGUUCUUGAGAAGCUACCAGUUUUCCAGGAAGCAGAGUUUGACUGAGAAGAUUAAGAAAUCUUUGUUUAGAGUGAAAAGGGUGAUAUGGGGUAGAUUCAGAUCAGCAAGAAAGUUAAGGAAGAUUUUGUGGUUGAAGCUCAAAAAUGGCUUGUUUUUCACAAGUAGUAGAAGAAGAAGACGGUUUUCUCUACGCCUCCAUAACUGCAACAGUCGAGCUGCUUUAAAAGAUGUUACUUGCCCAUCUUAUUGUUUCUGA